CUCCAAAGUGUGUUCUAUUUACGAAAAAUUUUAUUCUUUAAAGAUAUACAUAAUAAUUAUUUUUUAAUCAAAUAAUAAAUUUAUUAUAAUAAUUUUUUAAUAAAAGAAUAAUCUAAUCACAAAUAGAAAAUAUUUCUUUCACAACACAAUCACACAUACCAAAUAAAAACCGAGAACUAAAAAAUCGAAAAUUUAGAUAGAAUUUAUAAUUUAUAAUCAAUAUCUAUUUUUAUAAUAUUUGUCAACUAUUUCAAAAUUUGAAAUUGAUUCAACCUACACACCCAAACAAACAAACACAUACAUACAUAUAUAAAUAAAAAUGGUUCUUUAUAAUUUUAAAAAAAUUCAAGUUGUACCAACAUCAAAAGAUUUUGUUGAUAUCGUUUUAUCAAAAACCCAAAGAAAAACACCAACUGAAAUUCACAAACAAUAUGCUAUUGGUCGUAUUCGUACAUUUUAUAUUAGAAAAGUUAAAUACACUGCUCAAUCAUACCACGAAAAAUUAACUCAAAUUAUCAACGAUUUCCCAUUAUUAGAUGAUAUUCAUCCAUUUUAUGCAGAUUUAAUUAAUGUAUUAUAUGAUAAAGAUCAUUAUAAACUUGCAUUAGGUCAAUUAAAUACCGCAAGAAAUCUUAUUGAUAAUUUAUCAAAAGAUUAUUUAAGAUUAUUAAAGUAUGGUGAUUCUUUAUAUCGUUGUAAACAAUUAAAGAGAGCAGCAUUAGGUAGAAUGUGUACAUUAAUGUUAAAACAAAGUGCCUCAUUACAAUAUUUAGAACAAGUUAGACAACAUCUUGCUCGUUUACCAUCCAUCGAUCCAAAUACCCGUACACUCUUAUUAACUGGUUAUCCAAAUGUUGGUAAAUCAAGUUUUAUGAAUAAACUCACAAGAGCCAACGUUGAUGUCCAACCAUAUGCUUUCACCACUAAAUCAUUAUUUGUUGGUCACACUGACUUUAAAUAUAACUCAUGGCAAGUUAUCGAUACUCCAGGUAUUUUAGAUCACCCAUUAGAUGAACGUAAUACAAUUGAAAUGCAAUCUAUUACCGCUUUAGCCCAUUUACACUCAUGUGUUUUAUUCUUAGUUGAUAUUUCAGAAAGAUGUGGUUACACAAUUAAACAACAAGUCGAUUUAUUCUUUAGUAUUAAAGCAUUAUUUUUAAAUAAACCAUUAGUUGUUAUUUUAAAUAAAAUCGAUGCCAGAAGACCAGAAGAUGUACCAGAAGAUGAUUGGAAUCUCAUUCAAUCAUUAAGUGAUCCAGCUAGAGGUGGUAUUGGUGGCACUCAAUUAGUUCCAAUGUCCAAUUUAACUGAAGAAGGUAUCGCUAAAGUUAAAGAAACCGCCUGUUCAAUCCUUUUCGAAGAAAGAGUUGAAAAGAAAUUAAAAUCAGCCAAAUUAGAAAAAGAAAUUCACAGACUUCAUUUAGCUGUACCAGUUGCAAGAGAUAAUAAAAAACGUCCACCAUGCAUUCCACAAUCUGUUGUCGCUGCUCGUCAACAAGCUGAAAUGGAAGAAGAAGGCGAUGAAAAGAAACCAGUUCUUACUGCUGCCAUGAGAGAAAUGCUCGAAGAAGCUGAACAUGACGAACAAUAUGCUCAAGGUAUUAUUCCAAUCUUUGAUAUCAAUGCUUGGAAAAAGAAAUUCCUCCUCAAAAACGAAGAAUGGAAAUUCGAUAUUGUCCCAGAAAUCAUUGACGGUAAAAACAUUGCUGAUUUUGUCGAUCCAGAUAUUCUCAAACGUUUAGAAGAACUCGAAAUGGAAGAAGAAGCUUUCCUUGAAGAACUCAAAAACAAUGGUGGUGAUGAAGAUUCAGAAUCUGAUCUCGAUGAAGAAAAUCAACAACUCUAUGAUGAAAUUCAAGAAAAGAAACACGAACUUCGUAUUAACCAUAGAAUUAAAGAUUCAGGUAAACCACAAAUCACUCGUGUUAAAGGUAUCGAUACUGAACAUAUGAAGAAACACCUUACUUCAAUGCACGUCGAAAAAGAAGAACUCGAUGAUAUUAUGGCUAGUGUUCGUGAACGUUCAAAAUCACGUAUCACCGGUAGAAAACGUGAUCGUUCAGAAUCUCGUGAUGCCUCACAAUCAGCUGCUAGAGACCAAUCUCUCAGUCGUUCACAAUCCCGUUCACGUUCACGUACUAUUGCUCCAGUACCAGGUGAAGGUUAUGCUGAUCUUGCUCAAAAAAUAUUGGCUGAAAAACUCGCUAAGGUUCAUGCCAGAAAAAGAAAUAAGGAUGGUAGAAAAGGUGAAGCCGAUCGUCACGUUUAUGAUGAAAUGCCAAAACAUCUUUUCUCUGGUAAAAGAAGUCGUGGUGGUCAAGAUAGAAGAUAAAUUAAUUUUUAUUUUAUUUUUAUAUUUUACAUUUACAACAACAAUAAUAAUAUAUCAAUUUUUAUACACACAUACAAAUUAUAAUACUUUUAUAUUUAAUCAAAUUUUAAUUAAUUUUUUAAAACCAUCACACAUUCACACCUACACCCACAUAAAAAUCAUCUUAUAAAUUAUAAUAAUAAUAAUAAUAAUAAUAAUAUCAACCAAAUCUCUUGUUUAAUAGAAUUUCUCAAACAUUCAACUCCUAACCUUUUUUAAAAUCAUUUCAAUGAUUCUAAAAAUAUAAAAAGAAAAUAAUUUUAAAAAAAAACUAAAAAUAAAAAAAAAAAAAAAAAAUAAUAAUAAUUUUAAAAAAACC